UGAAGCUGAUACGAGGCAACAUAGAGCUGCAGAUGAAACCGUACCGGCGUACCCAAUCCCAUCCCAGACAAGAAGAAAUCUGCACCUACAAAAUCCCUAGCCUCAACCAAAAAGGUGAACCAGUAUAGGGACCAUCCUUGUGCCAGUGUUCGUUGUUGUGCUUCAAUCACAAACAUGCGUCACGUGUUCUGCUACCAUAACGCUCAGAUCACCGGUUGACGUCCCAUCGAUCGCGUGUUCAGUUGAUCGCCUUCAUUAAAAUGAGCCUUUCUGGUUCUGUUACUGUCUGUGUUAGGCCACAGUAGAGCUUCUUCAAUAAUGCAAGUGAUAAUUUUGGUUCUACCAAAAGAAAUUAUUAUAAGAUUUGGGGAUAGGGUAUUAAUGCGUUUGUCUGGUUUUGUUUGUAUGUUUGGACAAGAAUAAUCUAAGGCCCCUCAUUUUCCGCCAUCAAACUCUACAAACCCUCACACCCGCUAACAGCUUCUACUUCCUUCCUACUUGUUCAUUUCAUCACAAACAACAUGGGCUGCCUUCUCUUUCUCUCUCUCAAGCCCACCACCACCGCCGCCGCCGCCUUCUUCGUUCUUCUAAUCACCCUCCUCUCUUUUCUCUCUACACUCUCCAAUGCCGACCCCGACCCGGACCCGAAAAUCGGCGACAUUGCCACAACGUCUGCUUCACCGCCGCCGCCUGUACUUAAUGUGGACACCGCCGAGAAGCCCAAGUCGUUCCGGCCCAGCAUGGCCAUCAUGGUCGGAGUUCUGACGACUCUGUUCUCCUUCACGUUUCUUCUCCUCCUCUACGCCAAGCACUGCAAGCGCGGCAGCUUCGUCGUCAUCGGAGGAACCGCCGACUCCGGACCUCCCGGCGGGGCGGGUCUCCGUAAAAACUCCGGAAUCGACCGGGCCGUCGUCGAGUCCCUCCCGGUUUUCCGGUUCAGGUCGCUCCGGGGACACAAGGACGGCCUCGAAUGCGCCGUCUGCCUCACCCGAUUCGAGCCCACCGAGGUCCUCCGCCUCCUCCCGAAAUGCAAGCACGCCUUCCACGUCGAGUGCGUCGACACGUGGCUCGACGCCCACUCCACCUGCCCGCUCUGCCGCUACCGGGUCGACCCGGAAGACAUCCUCCUAAUCGAAGACGCCAGAAUCCUGCACCACCAGAACAGCCAGCCCCAGACUCCCCACCAAAACGACGUCGUCAUCAACGUCGAAACCGACCCGGGAAUCCGCCGCGUCUCGGGGCGCCACUCCUCCGCCUUGGAGCAGCGACCGGGCUCCUCCUCUCACGACAAUACGUCGUCGUUCCGGAGGUCCCUCGACAGCUGGACCUGGUUCCGGAAAAAAACCGAACCCGCGGCCGCCGCCGCCGGAAGCCAAGAACGUCCGAGAAAAGACGGCCUUCUUUUAAGCCACGACAAAACGAGGCUGGAGCACCGAAUCAUCGUCUCCUCCCCCAGAUCAAGCAACACCAGCGGCGGUGGGUUCCACCAACGAUGGAGCGACGUACAGCCGUCCGAUCUUCUCUACCUUCGCUCCGAGAUGAUCAUAAGCGAUAACGGACUGACACGUCAGGGGCAGGAGGAACCGUUGCGCUGUGGCAAUGGCAGAGGCGUAAUAAACGAGCGAAGCGUGUCGGAAAUCACGGGGUUGAGCAGGUUUUCGAACAGAGGGAGCAGUAAUGAGAGGAGCAAUCAGCACCACCAAAACCAAAACCAAAACCAAAACCAUCAGCAGCGUUACCAACAGCGACAGCUCAGGCUCGUAUCCAGGUGGGUCGCUUGGAUUUCGUCCCAGUCACGCCCAGCUGCACGGUCUGAUCGUACUACUGGUGCUUCUUCCCCCACCACUCCACAGCCUGCACCACCACCACCGCCUUUACCCACUGUGGCCACUGCUUGAUUCUCUCUCUCUUUUUUCCUUACCCUUUAUUUUAGUUAUACACAAGACGACAGAAGGCUUAGAUAGAAGGGCCAAAACCCAUUACGUUCCAAACGAUUUUUGGUUUUCUUUUUGUUUCUGGGAAAAACAAAAUGGGCACAAUUUUCGUAGCGGCAAUGUUUGUUUGAAAUAGACGGGAGGGGGUGCGCUAGAGUUAGAAUAGAUACACAGACACCGGGGGGGAUGGAUAUUCCAGACAACCACGGAUGCCGAAAUGGCACGUGGAUUUUCUGAUACGGAGAUCAGAUUUGUACUUUGUUCUGCUGUAGCGUUUGUGUACAUAUUUUGAUCUAGUUUUGAUCUUAUUAUUGCAAUAGUGAAGGAUUUGUUCCUUUCUUA